CUGUGAACCAGUUGGCUUGCCCCCGCCCUGCCGACCCGCCCGACGCGGCCGCGGCUGCUGCAGCGCGAGCCCCAGCGCCCCCACAGCCCCGCGGCUGGCGGCACCGCGACGGGCGGCCCUCACGGAUGGCCGCCGCUGGAGAAUUCCACACCGUGUUGCUCCAGAGCGAUGGCGCCGCCAUGGCACGUGGGUUGGAUAGCCACGGCCAGUGCGACCUCCCGGCGCUGGCAGGGGGCCUGCGCUUCACGCAAGUGACCGCGGGCGCGUGCCACACUGUUCUGCUCCGGAGCGACGGCACCGCCGUGGCGUGUGGCGAGGAUAGCUACGGAAGGUGCGACCUCCCGGCGCCAGCGGAGGGCCUGAGUUUCACGCAGGCGGCCGCUGGAGGAGGCCACACCGUUCUGCUCCAGAGCGAUGGUACCGCCGUGGCACGUGGCGAGAACGAUUUUGGCCAGUGUGACCUCCCGGCGCCGGCGGUUGGCUUGAGCUUCACGCAGGUGGCCGCGGGAGCGUGCCACACCGUUAUGCUCCAGAGCGACGGCACCACCGUGGCGUGCGGUAAGAAUCGCAAUGGCCAGUGCGACGUCCCGGCUCCGGCGAAGGGCCUGCGCUUCACCCAGGUGGCCGCGGGAGGAGGCCACACCGUUCUGCUCCAGAGCGACGGCACCGCCGUGGCGUGUGGCGAGAAUGGCCGCGGCCAGCGUGACCUCCCCGCGCCAGCGGAGGGCCUGAGCUUCACGCAGGUGGCCGCGGGAGCGUGCCACACCGUGCUGCUCCAGAGCGACGGCACCGCCGUGGCGUGUGGCGAGAAUGAUUUUGGCCAGUGCGACGUCCCGGCGCCUGCGGAGGGCCUGAGCUUCACUCGCGUGGCCGCGGGAGGAGGCCACACUGUUCUGCUCCAGAGCGAUGGCACCGCCGUGGCGUGUGGCUGGAAUGGCGGCGGCCAGUUGCGACCUUCCGGCGCCGGCGGAGGGCCUGAGCUUCACGCAGGUGGCCGCGGGAGGAGGCCACACCGUUCUGCUCCAGAGCGAUGGCACCGCCGUGGCCUGUGGCUGGAAUGAAGACGGCCAGUGCGACCUCCCCGCGCCGGCGGAGGGCCUGAGCUUCACCCAGGUAGCCGCGGGAAGAGGCCACACCGUGCUGCUCCAGAGCGACGGCACCGCCGCGGCCUGUGGCCGGAAUGGCGACGGCCAGUGCGACCUCCCGGCGCCGGCGGAGGGCCUGAGCUUCACGCAGGUGGCCGCGGGAGCGUGCCACACCGUGCUGCUCCAGAGCGACGGCACCGCCGUGGCGUGUGGCGAGAAUGAUUUUGGCCAGUGCGACCUCCCGGCGCCGGCGGAGGGCCUGACCUUCACCCAGGUGGCCGCGGGAGCGUGCCACACCGUGCUGCUCCGGAGCGACGGCACCGCCGUGGCCUGUGGCUGGAAUGAAGACGGCCAGUGCGACCUUCCGGCGCCGGCGGAGGGCCUGAGCUUCACGCAGGUGGCCGCGGGAGGAGGCCACGCCGUUCUGCUCCAGAGCGAUGGCACCGCCGUGGCCUGUGGCUGGAAUGAAGACGGCCAGUGCGACCUUCCGGCGCCGGCGGAGGGCCUGAGCUUCACUCGCGUGGCCGCCGGAGGAGGCCACACCGUUCUGCUCCAGAGCGAUGGCACCGCCGUGGCGUGUGGUCGGAAUGGCGGCGGCCAGUGUGACUUCCCGGCGCUUGCGGAAGGCCUCACUUACGUAGCUAACCUCUUGCCCACGUUGCUGUUGCAGGCAUCUGUCGACGGCGACUCGAUGUGCUUCACGACGCUGGGUGGGGUGGAGCGUUACCGGAUUCAAGCCGCACCAGACGCUCGCCUAGCCAUCAUUCACGAGGAGUUGACGGCCACUCACCAGAUGGGCAGGACCAGCUUCGGACUCGCGCGAGUCGACGCUGUCUUGCCAGGGGGCCGACUGCUGAGUGACACGUCGGCCGAGGAGACGGUGGCGAGUGCCUUCGGGCUCGAUCCACGUUGAGGUGCCGUGCAUUGGGCAGGCGCAGACGCCAAGGCUUCUGCCGAGCUAGCUGCCGAUGAGGUAUCGAGUACGACGUUUUGGAAGAGCUGUCCUUUUUCCCCAAAUAGCUUGCUGAACGGGGUGCUGUUGUGAUAGAAACUAACUCCGGGACCCUAUCGUCAUGUUUAUCGGCGCACGCACACGCAUACACCAACACUUCUCUUCUCCGACGCGCUCGUUGCUGCACAGCGUUAUGUCGGCAUACUUUCUCGCGAAUUUGCUUCGGUG